UAGAGAGACAUCCAACAUUACUGAUAAUACACAAUGAGGGCCAAGAAGCAAACUUCCAAGAGAACCUCUACUCGAAUGAGAGAAGGGAUUAAGAAGAAGGCUUCAGCCAAAAGAAGAAAGGAUAGAAAAAUGUCCAAGAAGGACGUCACUUGGAAAGCUAGAGGAACCAGAGAUCCAGGUAUCCCUGCAAGUUUCCCAUAUAAGGACAAGAUUCUUAUGGAAUUAGAAGAGAAGAGGCAGAUAGAGCAAGAAAGAAAAGAGCAAUUGAAGUGGCAAAGACAGCAAGAGAGAGAAGAAGCUUUGUCUAAAGGUGAAGCUAUUAAUAUGGAAGACAGUUCUGAUGAUGAGGACCAAGGCAAUGGAAUGGCUGCAUUAUUAGAAUCUGCCCAACAAGCCGCCAAAGAGUACGAUGGUGAGUUUGAUGUCAAUGAUGAUGAUGCAAUGGUGGACUCCGAAGACGAUGUGGAGUAUGAUAUAAGCAUGGACGAAGAUGAAGACACGAAUUCCGAAUUGGACAAAUCCCGUAAGGCAUAUGAUAAAAUUUUCAAGACAGUUGUUGACCAAGCUGAUGUUGUUUUGUACGUGUUAGACGCUAGAGACCCUGAAUCCACCAGAUCCAGAAAGGUGGAAGAAGCGAUUUUGCAAAAUCCAAAUAAGAGAUUGAUUUUGAUUUUGAAUAAAGUGGACUUGAUUCCUACCGAUGUAUUGAACCAAUGGGUAACUUUCUUGAAGAGCAUGUUCCCAACUAUUCCAGUGAAAGCAUCUCCAUCCACUUCUUCCACCAGUUUCAACAAAAACUUGACCUUGACCUCGACUGCCAAUUCGUUGUUACAAGCGUUAAAAGCCUAUGCUACCAAAGCGAACUUAAAGAGAUCCCUUAUAGUAGGUGUUAUCGGAUAUCCAAAUGUGGGAAAAUCCUCUAUCAUAAAUGCAUUGACGAACAGACACACAAAUAACUCCAAAGCAUGUCCUGUUGGAAAUCAAGCCGGUGUUACCACCUCUUUAAGAGAAGUCAAAAUCGACAACAAGUUGAAGGUUUUAGAUUCUCCUGGUAUUGUGUUUCCAGAUGAAAUUUUCAACAAGAAACAGAGCAAGUCUGCUCAAGAAGCAAAGUUGGCUUUGUUGUCGGCUUUACCUCCCAAGCAAAUCAUCGAUCCUAUUGCCCCUCUUAACAUGUUGUUGAAAAAAUUCUCUAAGAAUGCCGAAAUGGCAGAGGGAUUGAAGAACUAUUAUAACUUACCAUCGCUCCCAGCCAAUGACUUCAAUGAAUUCAGUAAACAAUUCUUGAUUCAUAUUGCCAGAACCAAAGGAAGAUUAGGAAAAGGUGGUGUUCCUAACUUGGAAAGUGCUGCUUUAGCUGUGUUAAACGAUUGGAGAGAUGGAAGAAUUGUGGGAUGGGUUUUACCAAGCAACUCAAAGGCUAAUGCUGCUUCUGCCGAAGAGGCCAUUGAUUCCAAUGUUCCUAAAAGCUCAUCUAGAGGAGAAAAAGAGCCCCCUAAAGUUGAGCAAACUACCGUGGUAAGUACAUGGGCCAAAGAGUUCGAUUUGGACGGAUUAUUGAACGACAAUUUCGGGUUAAACUAAGCAUCACUUAAUGUAUAUGUAAUUCAUAAAUGAUAUUCUAAAAUAAUUUUGCAGUCAACCAG